AUGUAUGGACACUUUGAUCAAGUUGCCCACACUGCUCUUAGAAAAUAUCAGUUUUCUCAAGCUAGACUAUAUAGAAGGUUGAAAUUACAGCAGAUGAGAUCCGGUAUAUUGUCAAAGAAUGAAAUUGUGAUGAGUCAAAUGGUAGAAGCAGGUCAAACCUUUUCUAGCACCAAUAAUGUCUUACCGGAAAAUUCAAUAACUGAUGUUGGAACACUUAGCAGCGAUGAAGAUGUUUCAGAUGCAGACAACGAUGUUUGUGAAGACAAUAAACCAUUACAAGAGCCAAUUCCUGAGAUCCCUGAGAAUAUUGUUUUGUUGCUUAAAAAGGCUGAAGAUACAGAAAUACUUGACUUUGGUGAUCCUACAUGUAUUUGUUUCUACUGUAAUGCUUUAAUGUGGCCUAAUGAGAAAACUGGGAAAAUAAAAAGCUCUGGCCAAGCUGCAUUUUCAUUGUGUUGUUUGAAAGGGAAAGUUACCUUGCCUUUUCUACGCAAUCCUCCAUCGUUACUAAUGGAUUUAUGGACAGACAAAGAUCCUAGAGCUACAAAUUUUAAGGAAAAUAUCAGAGCAUAUAACAGCAUGUUCGCAUUUACCUCUAUGGGUGGUAAGGUUCGUGAUCAUCUAUCUUCUGAUGAAACUUCUCAGCUCUCUGUGCGUCUAUUUCGAGCAAGGGGAAAGGAUCCUAGAACUUACAAUAUGCCUACGGCUGAUGAGGUCGCAGCUUUGAUCGUUGGUGACUUUGAUGAUAUGGAAUUUGGUAGGGAUGUUGUUGUCAAAUUAAGAGAUGGUUUCUUGACCAAAAUCCAUGAAACACAUAUUGCAUUCAUCCCCUUGCAGUACCCUUUACUUUUUCCAUAUGGUGAAGAUGGUUUUCGGGAAGACAUUCCUAUUAGUGAACUACUCAGGAACAUGGUUUUAAAUUCAAGGAGAUUGUUUCAACAAUUUGUGGUGGACACUUAUACUAUGGUUGAAGCUAAUCGACUUUCUUACUUAAAGCGUAACCAAAAAACAAUCAGAGCUGAUUAUUUAAAUGGUGUAGCAGAGGCAAUUGACAAUGAAGAAACUGAUCCCUCAUCAGUUGGAAAGCGAAUUAUCUUACCGCCUUCUUUUACAGGUGGUCGCCGCUAUAUGUUUAAUAACUGUCAAGAUGCAAUGGCUAUUUGCAAAAAAUUUGGUUAUCCAGAUUUAUUUAUAACGGCUACUUGCAAUUUUGGAUGGGGUGAGAUUCAGAGGUUUGUCCGUCACAAAAAUUUAAAGGCAGAAGUCAGGCCGGAUAUUUGUGUACGUGUUUUUAAGAUGAAGCUUGACAACCUAAUGUCUGAUUUAAAGAAAGGAAAGAUAUUUGGAAAGGUUGAUGCGGGAGUUCCUCUCGAUAAUGGUUUUGUUGUUCCUUAUAACCCGGUCUUGCUUAUGCGCUAUCAAGGACACAUCAAUGUUGAGUACUGCAAUAAGUCGAAUGCUAUAAAAUAUCUUUUCAAGUACAUUAACAAAGGACCUGAUAGAGUCAAUGUUCAGAUAUCCAAUGGUGGUACCGGUGCUGACAACUCUGAACAACAAGAUGAAAUCAAGCAAUAUUAUGAUUGCAGGUACCUUACUCCAUGUGAAGCCGCGUGGAGAACAUUCAAAUAUGAUAUUCAUGAUAGGUGGCCUCCAAUGUUGAGAUUAGGAUUUCAUCUUCCAAACCAACAAAGUGUUUUAUUCAAAGAGAAUGACGAUUUGGAAGUUGUGAAGGAAAACUCAACUAAAAUGGGCACUCAAUUCUUGGCAUGGAUGCAUGCCAACAAGAAGUACUCGGAGGGGAGAAAUCUCACAUAUGCAGAAUUUCCUUCCAAGUUUGUGUACAACAAAAAAUCAACAAUAUGGCUUCCUAGGAAAAGAGGCAUUUCUCUUGGUCGCUUGCAAUUUAUUGCUCCUGGAAUGGGAGAAAAUUACUACAUGCAUGUUUUAUUAAAUAGGCAAAAAGGUUGUGACAGUUUUAAAAGCAUAAGAACUGUAAAGGGUGUUGUUUAUCCCACAUUCCGCGAUGCAUGCGAAGCAAUGGGAUUACUGGAGGAUGACCGAGAGUAUGUUGAUGCAAUUUCAAUUGCAAAUCUUCGUAUAGAGGAUGAAGAAUUACAAAACUUAUGUCUGAUUGAGAUUGAAAAAAUAUUGCAAGGCAAUGGAAGGUCAUUGAAGGAAUUUCCAUGUUUACCAUACCCUAAAUUUUCAGAUAUUCAUAAUUUUGAAAAUAGAUUCAUUGCAGAUGAGUUGAAUUAUAAUAGGGAUGAAAUGGUAAAGAUCCAUGAUGAAUUGGUCGGUUCUCUUACUUCAGAGCAAGAGAUUGUUUAUAAGAAUGUUCUGGAUGUUGUUUUGUCUGAUAACGGUGGAUUCUUUUUUCUAUAUGGUUUUGGAGGAACUGGAAAAACAUUUGUCUGA